AUGGACAAAGGCAACCCUCCAGUCGAAAAUUGGCUCAAUUUAGACGAGAUCGAAGAGCUGGCUACCAAGACAGUGAGCAAGAAGGCAUGGGCAUAUUACUACUCCGCAUCCGACGACAAAAUCAGCAAGCGAAUUAACACAGAGGCAUUUCGCUCAAUCCAAUUACGACCAAAGGUCUUCGUCGACUGCACCAGAUGCGACCUGAGCACAAAUCUGCUGGGAAAUCCCGUUUCCAUUCCAAUCUAUGUGUCCCCCGCAGCCAUGGCCCGCCUGGGCCAUCCAGCCGGAGAAGCCGGCAUCGCCGAAGCAUGUCGCAGCUUUGGAGCCAUGCAAAUCAUCUCCAACGUCGCGUCGAUGACACCGGAGCAGAUUGUUGCAGGUGCGACCGAAGGCCAAGUAUUCGGCUGGCAGCUAUAUGUACAAGCAGAUCGUACAAAGAGUGAGCGGAUGCUGGCUCGGAUCCACAAGCUCAAGGCAAUCAAGUUCAUUGCUCUCACUCUUGAUUCUCCUGUGAGUGGGAAAAGAGAGGACGAUCAGCGCCAUGGUAACGUCAACAAUUCCAUGACUGCAUCUAGCUCGGAAGAUGGUGGCUAUGAACAUUCGGAGAAUGAUUCUGGGAAGCUGUUGAAUCUGACAGACGACGAAGUGUUUGUUGGAAUGGAUCCUACUCUUACGUGGUCCGAGACUCUGGCGUGGUUGGCUAAGCAUACAACGCUGCCGAUCGUUUUGAAGGGGGUUCAAACUCACGAAGAUGCUUAUAUUGCAACCAAGUAUAGAGACCAGGUCAAGGGUAUCAUUCUCUCCAACCAUGGAGGUCGUUCUUUGGAUACCGCGCCACCUGCAGUUCAUACUCUGCUUGAGAUUAGGAAAUACUGCCCCGAGGUCUUCGACUGUCUUGAUGUGUGGGUCGACGGUGGCAUAAAGAGAGGGACUGAUGUGGUCAAGGCGUUGUGUCUGGGUGCUAGAGGGGUCGGGAUUGGAAGGGCCGCGCUUUGGGGCCUGGGAGCUGGAGGCGUCGCUGGCGUGAAGAGGACACUAGAAAUCCUCUCCGAAGAGACAAAAACGUGCAUGCGCUUACUUGGGGUUGAGCAUGUGAGGGAUUUGGGACCACAGCAUAUUCGGAUGCAGAAAAUUGACAAGUAUUUCUUUUGGGCAGAUCAACACCAGGCUCCUCGAACGACAGAUCUAUGA